AUGUUGAAUGAAUGCCGAAAAAUAAACGGACUUUCCGAAAUUUAUUAUCCAAAAACUAAAAAGGAACGCGAGAAUUUCAUAAAUUCAAAGUCUGGAAAACUUAUCACGAAAUUUCAAUAUAAAGUUUAUGAUUUAUGCUCCCAGAUACCAGAAGGUUACAUUUCAACAUAUAAAUUAUUGGCAAAUGCCCUGAAAUCAUCUCCUCGUGCUGUUGGAGGUUCAUUACGUGUUAAUCCAUUUUCACCAUUUAUACCGUGUCACCGUGUUAUCGCCUCGAAUUUCUUUAUAGGUGGAUUUGAUGGCGAAUGGAUUGUUCAUCAAUCGCAUCAAUCUCUCUUGAACAAUAAAAAACAUGAAGAAAUAUUUAAUAGUAAUAAAAUAAGUCGUAAACGUGAGUUAUUAGAAAAGGAAGGCAUUUUUUUUGAUAAUAACGGUUGGUUGAUCGAUUGGCAAAAUUCAAAACGUCUAUUUACAGACUUUCAUUUAUAA